AAUCGGUCCAGACCUUUCAAAGAAUUCCGCCGCGGCGCUCAUGGCGACAUCGCCUCUAGUCGCGGAUAACUUCUUAGCUAAGAAUUAUAGAAUUAUAGAUAUUUAUAUUAGGGUUCUUUUAGGGAAAUACUUACAAUGACUAAUUAUAUCUUAUUCCCUCCGUGAUCUCCUCUUUCUUUUCCUUUAUAUAUUUGCAUGGUUGCUUAAGUUAUCAAGAAUUCGUCUUCAAGCGCUUAUAAGAAGGGGCGCCAACCGACGAUGAAUAGUUAUAUCUCUCUCCUGACGGCGACGGACGCCCGAUCACAUGUCCAUCUAAUCGUCGGUUCGAACCCUCUUGCGGCAGCGCGGUGUGGACAGUCGUUAAGUGCCGGCGCAUCGCCAAUCCUCAUUGCGCCGGAGACAGCAGAACUGUACUAUGCGCUGCAGAAGCGCGUGGACGAUGGUGAAGUGAAAUGGGUAAAAAACAAAUUCGAGGAUGAGCAUCUAUUCACUUUGGGAAGAGAGGAAAUAGGUCGUGUUGUGGACGCUGUUUUUGUGACUUCAGGACCUCGAGACCCUCUAAGUGCACAUAUAUCGUCACUUUGCAAGUAUAACCGCAUUCCCGUGAACGUUGUCGAUGCGCCGCAAUUAUGCUCCUUCUCCCUCCUAUCCACGCACAUCGACGGUCCGCUACAAAUCGGUAUAACAACAAAUGGUCGCGGGUGCAAAUUGGCGUCUAGGAUACGCCGCGAAGUUGCAGCUUCGCUACCCCCGAACCUUGGAUCUGCCUGUUCGCGACUAGGCGACGUGCGUAGGAAGAUACAAGAGGAGGAUCACUUGUUACACAUGGCUCUAGCAGACGGAGACGAUGUUGACGACUCGAUCGACCAAUCAGCUAGUUUCAACAAGCUCGUUACAGAGGCAGACUUAGACGCAGUGAAGAACAGGCGCAUGCGUUGGCUUAGCCAAAUCUGCGAGUAUUGGCCGCUGAAACGGCUUGCUGCUAUUACGGAUGAGGACGUGGCCAACAUCUUGAAAUCCUACGACGACCUUGGCUCUUCUAAUCCGAUUGGUAAAUCUUCCCCCGCCAACAACGCCGGCAACCGCGGGCGCAUUAUUCUCGCCGGGUCCGGUCCCGGCCACCCGGACCUGCUCACGCGGGCAACACACAAGGCCAUCCAAAGCGCGGAUCUAGUGCUAGCGGACAAGCUAGUGCCGGCCGGGGUACUAGACUUGAUUCCGCGCCGCACCCCCGUGCACAUCGCACGCAAGUUCCCGGGUAACGCGGACGCGGCGCAGGCCGAAUUGGAGGAAAUGGCCAUGGCGGGCGCGCGAGAGGGUAAGACGGUCCUACGCCUCAAGCAGGGCGAUCCGUAUAUCUACGGGCGUGGCGGCGAGGAAGUCGAGCACUUCCGGAGUCAGGGGCUAGGAGACAAGGUUGUAGUCUUACCAGGGGUUACAUCAGCGCUGUCCGCACCCUUGUUCGCAGGAAUUCCACCCACGCAGCGCGACGUUGCGGACCAGGUAUUAGUGUGCACGGGGACGGGCAAAAAGGGCAAGGCACCGACACCGCCGGAGUAUGUACCGAGUAGGACGGUAGUGUUCCUCAUGGCGCUGCAUCGCAUCGCGGGGCUUGUAGAGGAAUUAACGGGGCACUUGGAAACGGAGAAAAACACAACUGCUGAUGAAGCUCCCCGGCGCGCGCUAUGGCCGCGAAACACACCCUGCGCCGUAGUCGAGCGCGCUAGUUGCCCGGACCAACGCGUCAUCCGGACUACGCUCGACCGCGUCGUCGAGGCUGUCGAGCAGGAGGGUAGUAGGCCCCCGGGGCUACUUGUCGUCGGGCGCGCGUGCGAGUUCUUGAAUAAGCUUGAGAAGGGCCGCGCGUGGAGCGUUGAAGAGGGGUUUAGAGGGUUGGAUUUCGGGCUUGAGGGGCUGGAUUUAGGUGCGUGAUGAGAUGGUGGAUGGCGAAUAGGGGUUAGGGGCUUAGCGGAGAGGGUGCAUAGGCGGUUUGCAUACGGGAGGCGUUUGAGAUAUCUUGGAUGAGAUACGGUUUGAAUUUGAUAUGUGUACAUUAUACUUGUAUCGCUCAGAGGUUCUCCUAGUAGUGAUAUCUCUAUUGUUUAAAAUUUUACAUCAGAGAAAGCAGUGUCAUAACA